CCCACCUCUACUCUAGUCUAGACUAGUCGAGAAGAUCUCUCCACUCAGAAACUUGAACCCGAAUGAGUAUUUCCUGCACAUCUCAGUCCUCGCACAGCAUCCGCCAUCGAUCGCGUUGCUUUCUCAGUUGCAGACGAAACAUGGCAGCACGUUUCACUGACGCUGUGGUGGCCCAGCGUUAUGCUCUCUUUAGGCCGCAUUACCCCGAAUCCUUGCUAAAUGGCAUUCUCAAUUUCGUGACACGUCCCACGAAAUCUCGGACAAGUACUCCAAAUGCUGGGGUAGCUCCACGGGCAGUAGCUGCUAACGACUUGAAUUUGGUUGACGUGGGUUGCGGGUCUGGACAGUCGACUUUCUUCCUAGCAAAGGCCGGCUUCAAGGAAAUACACGGGAUUGAUACUAGCCAAGCACAGAUUGCAGAAGCGAGAAAAGCACUGGAGAAGCAGGACAGCAGCGCAUGCGACCGCGUCGAGUUCAAGAUUGUCGAUGUUGACCGGGAUAUACCGUUCCGUGACGGCAGUGUGGACAUCAUCACGGCAGCUCAGGCACUGCACUGGUUUAAUCAUGACCAAUUCUACAAGCACGUCGAUAAGGCACUCAAACCAGGCGGUUUCUUUAUGGGCUUUGGCUAUGGCAACUGUCAGGUCUUGCACAAUGGAGUGCAGGGUCUACUUGGAGAAUUCUAUGGCGGUAAGCUUGGCAAGUACUGGUCACCAGAGAGAAGACACAUCGACACACUCUACAAUAACAUGCCCAUGCCGUACAAGCCAGUCGAACGGCUAUCUCUAGAACUGCAGUACGACGUCACACUGGCCCAUCUGAUUGGCUACAUCAGCAGCUGGUCUGCCUACGCCACCUAUUGUCUAGAACAUCCUAGCAACACUGUACUGGAGGACUUGGAAAAGCAAAUGAUCGAGGCUAUCAAGUCAUCCGCCGUCGGCGCUAGCAAGUCCGGUGACAAGCCGACGCAGUCCGAAAACAAUGUCAAGGAUCAUGUGUUGGGUAUCCGAUUCCCAAUCUUCGCUCUCAUGUGCCGGAAACCGGACGGCCAAUAGUGUGAAGCUUGUGGUGAUGUCAUCGUGCAGUGUGCAGCAAGACUGGCCAUACGUGUGCAGUGCAGGAACAUGCUCUCGCUCUCUCUCUCCCUCUCCCUCUCUCAUUGCCGACGGACUGGCUCGGUUCAUUCAGGGAUGGGCACAAGACUAGCUGGUAAUGGUGUUACUCUCUGAGUUGUGUUACUUGUACAUGUACUACAUGUGCCUGACAGCUGCGGAGAUGGACGGGUGGAGUAACGGUCUUCCAGGCCAUUGAAGCUAUAUUAGCUCCAAUCCACGUAACGCAACCGACCGCCGCCUAUCUUAUACUUGCCCGCUCGGUAGUUCAACAAAUGGCCAAACCCGACAUUGCAAGCGGACAUAGAGCAGCUCAGUUCACCCAAUGUAGGAAUGAUAUCCCAAAUUGGCAGCUGACAAAGAGUAUAGGAGUGACGACACGGUGUAACUGGCUCACCACUACGGGUUCGGCACCAGCUCUUGAACUGCCCUGGAUAAUGAUUUUCCAGUUGCAUUGUGUGAGACAGCUGGAACACUGACCCAUACCGACCUUCUCGUUGCUCCGAGUCACUGACUGCAUGAUCAUGGUUGCCAGCAUUUUUCAUAACCAGAGCCAUCAGCAGCAAAGAAAUUCAAAAA